UAUGCAGAGCUGCAUUGCCUUCAGUAUUGAAUCCAAUAACGUCGAGAUAGCAGCAUAUUUCACAUUCGCGGCACAGUUUAAUUCAAACUUGUUUAUAGAAAAUUGUAUUAAAAUUACAUUAAAAUAGUGACAUUAAAAGAAAGACAAGGACAGACAAGUGAAAGAUUAUUUGGAAAUAUUUGAAGUUUUCCAGUGCGCUGUUACCAACUACCUCAAUUAAGUUACGGGUCAUCUACUUUACAAAGAAUCCACAAUGCAACAACAAGAUUCGCACAACGGAAUUGAACAUAAUGGCGACGCCGUCAACGACAGAUCAUCUGUCAACAUGACUACGGCGCGGGAACCGUCUCAGUCUGCGGUCAAGUCUCUGUUCCCCGAUCGAGAAUUCGAUAGAGAAGCAAGUUAUAGUAAAGCUUUAAACAUGAUGAAAGAAAUUAUCACAGCUGAUGCUGAAGGAAUGCGUGCGAAGUGGAACUUCGACGCUGUAAACGAUCGACCUCUUGAUGGAGCCAUCAAGUGGGAAAAAGGCGAUGACCGCUACACCUGGAUUGGAUACUCGGGCAAAUCAAACAAAGAGAACGGAGAAGCAAUAGAGGCCAAAGUUAAAGGCGAGGAUGAAGGGGAAGGUAUUAAAUUGGAGGAGAACGGUCUGGAAGUUUAAGACCGAGCAACUACAGCCAUACUGGAUUCGUCCUUAUAAUCUUGGCUGCUUACUACCCUGAUGAACUCAUAGUUAGUGAUUUCUAAAAGCUAUGUGGAAUCAGUGUUUAUAAAAAAUUCCAAAUUUUUUGCAAAUUUUGUUGGAAUAAACGCAAAUAGUAGGCCACAUAGACAUUAGACAACUCACCGGUUAGCUUACAUCACUAGUGCCUACUCUCCUCUCUUUCAUUUGUCUCUGCCUGAUAAACUUUCGUUUCUUGAAAUAUAUUUUAAGUAUGUACGUUACGACACAAAAAGUAAAUAAUAUAUUUAUUUAUAAUUUUAAAAAAUAAUGAAUGGAAUUCUUCCAAUGCCAUUAAAAUAAAAAAAAAGAUCUCUUAAGGUAAAUGUGAAAGUUGAUGUUUAAUCAUGCCUAAGCCACUGACUGGAGUGUGGGUUAAUUCGGCAGAUGGAUGGCAUCUAUGAUCACACAUGAAGUUUCCUAAUUUCUAUAUGUUUAUGCAUGUACUUGCGCACCCUGCGACGUUCGAUAUUAGAGAGUGAGAAUCGAAUGGCGGGGUUUUAGUCGGUAGGACGGUUUAUACCGGCGAGUCCGGCAGAAAUCCGUAAAGGGAUUUACCCGUGUUAAAAAAAAGGUGGAUGGCAUCUAUGAUCAAAAAUGAAGUUUCCCAAUUUCUAUAUGUUUAUGGUGUUGCCCACGGCUUCAUCCACCUAAACAUCUUACUCUGGUCAAAACUACACUGAUAGUUUUUAAUAACCAAAAAGUAAAAAACAUUUGACAAGUAAAAACAAAAAUACGACGUCUUAAACAGAAUUUUUGAAAAUUACAUUAAUUCGUACUUUUAGUCAAUUUAAAAUUUUUAUAGAACAUGAUAGUUUUUAAUAUGAAUUAUUGUCAAUAAUUGAAAAACUAUUCGACUGCCUCGAUGGCGUAGUUGUACUACAUACGUGGCAUGGCAGCGCUCUGAGGUCCUGGGUUUGAAUCCCGGUCCGGCAAAGUGAAAUUGGUGUUUUUCUGCUCAGUAUCAGUACCGGAGUCUGGAUUUUAUGCCCGACUUGGCGAUAGGCUCGCCCCCUAUCACAUCAUGAGACGGAACACAAUUAGCGAAAAGUGGGUGCUAAGGUUGCGCCUCUGCAUACUCCUCUGGGUAUAAUUGCGUGAUGUUGUGUGUGUGUGUCAUUAAUUGAAUAAUCGUCUCUUACGCAUAUUUAGUAUUUAUAAUUACACGUAAGUUCUAGUAUUUGUAACAUACUACGUGUUGUGUCGUUUAUUUGAUACAGGAUUUUUGAAAAUUUUAACUCGUCAUAGAUUUGUCAUUUACAUGCAUACAUCGUAUCACCUCUAUCCCAUAGGGGUAGGCAGAGACUAUGGAUUGCUUUGCUUGACUCUGGCAUACUUCUCCUGCUUUCUCCACCUUUAUCAUGUCAUUUACAUAUAAAAAAAAUCUCGCUGCUCAUUUACAAUACUUUAUCUCUUCUACAUAACCCAUUUUUACAUAUAAAAACUAUUUGUAUAUGAAGGAAUUAUAUGUCAAUCCGCAAUAUGAUCUAUCUACCUAAAAAAUCCAUUCAUAUCCGUUCAGUGGUAGCUGCGUGUAUUUUUAAAAAACAUCAAAAUUCACAAAUUAGUUUAUAAUAUUAGUAAAAUAUAUUUAUUAAGGGGAAAUACACGAUAGUCCAGUGGGGAUUGGAACGUCUGUCGUUACAAUAUUCGCAGGUUCAAAACCGAAGACACACACCGCUGACUUUUCUAAAGUCGAAUGUAUUCUUUGUGAAUUAUCGCUUGCUUUAACCGUGAAGGAAAACAUCGUGAGGAAAUCCGCAUACCUUCAGAAGUUCUCUAUAAGAAUUUUGAGGAUAUGUGACGUCUAUCAAUCCGCACUAGGCCACCGUGAUGGACUAAGGCCUAAUCUGCCUCAGCAGUAAAGGAGGCCCGUGUCUAACAGGGAAAGGGUAUAGAAUAAUAAAAUUCUGAUAUAAUUAUUAUAAUCACAGAGUAAGUGUAGUCUGACCAGAAAAACAAAACGAGCUUUGAGGGCACCACAUUCAGUUUUAGUUUUAGAGUCAAAUUUAGUACAAGAAAUAAGUUCCAUUUUGCUAUAACAUGGCAAGGUAUUUUAUUUUUCUGGUCAUAACUAGAAUUUAUUAGUUACUUUAGUUACUAUGUUUGAAAAAUGAUACAAGAAACUAAAGGUAAAAAGAUGGUUUCUUUACGGUUGAAACAAUCUGCAUCGCGCAGCGCUUGACACCACCAAAUAAUUGUAUUAAUUCUAUCAGUCAGUUCACGUCCGAUCGUCAACCAGUUCGCGUGUAAUAAAUUACUCGCGAACGUCUAAAUGAAAAUGAUUAAAGUAAUGGUUUACCAUUACUUUAAUCAUUUUCAUUUAGACUAUAAAAUAAACCGAAGGUGUGUGAAGUCUGCCAUUUCGCAGUAGUCCAGCGUGAUGGACUAAGUUUAAUACCAAUAAUAGUAGAGCAGGCCCGUGUCCAGCAGUGGGACAGUAUACUAAUAAUACAGGGCUGAUCUACGGGAUAGCUCCAUGUCCCCACGCAAGCGUUCCAAAAAGACCGGCCUUUAUGCCGUCAUUUCCCGCAGGAAAAAUACAGGGCUGAUAUUAUUAUUACAUAAUAUAAAUUGUACGCGCCUGAAGGCCCUGUAACAGAAUUCGUCGCAGAGGGAAUAUUACAGUUUAUGCCAAAAAUACACUCACGUACACAUCACAUUCAAACUAAAGUUCCAAACGAUAAAAA